UGUUAUCUAUAUUUAUUUUUUCUGUACACAAAUUUUUACGCAACGAUUGUAUCAUCUACACCCAAUUUGUACCUUUUAUAUUUAGCAUAUUUUAUUUAUAAACAGAUAUGGAAACAUGUAUAACGAAAUUAAUAAAAUCUUAGUUUAUCCGCGUCGCGCCUACGUGUUACAAAACUAAAACUCGAAAAUCAAUAUCUGGAUGUGGCAAACGACCCCUUCCCUUUUCUCCGCUGACAAAUCAAAAGCGUGAAACUGUACGGAAUGUCUUUUAUUGUAUCGAUAAAACGUUGUCUUUAGUUUAGGCCUUAAGGGUGAAUUUGGUGAUACAGUUUCGUAGGAAAAACUAGAUUUAAAAAAAAUGAGUUAUGACGACGUUAUUCCCAUCUUGGGUGAUUUUGGCCGCUACCAAAGGAGAAUUUAUUUUUUACUCUGCUUGCCUGCGAUCUUAUGUGCCUUCCAUAAGUUGGGGAAUGUUUUCUUAAUAGCCGAGCCAAAGUAUAGGUGCAUGCUUCCCUAUGAAGCUUCUAAUGCAACUUACCACUUAGAGCCCAGUGAACUCCAAAAGUGGUACCCGUACAAGAACAGCACAAAAAACGAGUAUUCCUCUUGUCAGUUUUAUUACAAUGAUUCGCGGAACCCCCAGUCUUGCGAGGAUUUCAUAUUUGAUCAUGAGACUUAUGGUUACACGUCGGUUAUUGAGUGGCGGUUAACCUGUGAUAGAGCAUAUUUAAUAGCCGUAGGAAAUUCAUUAUUUAUGUUUGGAGUUAUGUUUGGAUCUAUAGGAUUCGGGGAACUUUCAGACAGGUGGGGUAGAAAAAAGACGUUUUUUCUGUCGUUAGUUAUCCAGGUCGUAUUCGGUAUUCUUGCGGCCAUAGCACCUGACUUUUGGAGUUUUACCGUUGCCAGAGCUGUGGUAGGCGCUACUACCUCUGGAGUCUUCUUGGUGGCAUACGUAAUCGGCCUAGAAAUGGUUGGAGCGUCAAAAAGAAUGAUCGCGGGUACAGUGUGCCACAUGUUUUUUUCGGUAGGGUACAUGCUUACCGCAGUGUUUGCGAUAUAUAUAACAAAUUGGAGAACACUUCAGCUUAGCCUUACAAUUCCUGGGCUAAUUUUCAUGUGCUAUUGGUGGCUGAUUCCCGAGUCAGCUAGAUGGCUGGUGAGCAACAAUAAGCUAGAAGAAGCUAAAAAAAAUAUUCAACAUGCGGCAAAAUGCAAUGGGGUCACCAUAUCUGAUAAAACCCUGGACGAAUUGCUAACCCCGGAACGUGAAGUGAAACCUAAUGUCAGCAACGGAGAAAAGCACGGUGUAUUUGAUCUGUUUAAAUAUCCCAACUUGAGAAAGAGAUCGUUAAUAAUAUUUUUUGAUUGGUUUGCAAAUAACAUCACUUACUACGGCCUGUCAUGGAACAGCAAUAAUUUAGCUGGCAAUCCCUAUUUAAAUUUCGUUCUUUCAGGUGCUGUAGAGUUGCCCGCCUAUGCCUUUUUAAUUUUAACCCUAAAUAAGUGGGGAAGAAAGAACAUUAUGUGCGGGUGUAUGAUCGUGGCUGGCAUAGCAUUACUUUUGACUAUGGUUGUGCCAAGUGAUUUGGAGUGGCUUACUGUAACGUUAGCGAUGAUAGGCAAAUUAGCUAUCACGGCCAGCUACGGUGCUGUAUAUAUAUUUUCGACCGAACAGUUUCCAACAGUGAUUAGAAACGCUGGUUUAGGAGCUGGAUCUACUUGCGCUAGGAUAGGAUCCGUUUCGGCACCCUAUGUCAAUAUUGCAUCUCAUUUAUGGCAACCCUUACCCUUACUAAUUUUCGGGUCUUUGGCCUUUAUAGGAGGCAUAAUGUCUCUAUGUUUACCUGAGACUUUAAAUAGAAAACUUCCCGAGACAUUUGAGGAAGGUGAAUCUUUUGGAAACGACAUCUGACCCUUAAAUCGCGUGGAGACACACUGAUCGUACAUGCACUCGGGCUGACUAGCGUCUGCGGAACCACCGUUCCUUGUGCCGCCGGCGCUCGCUCUCGCGGCAGAGCAUAGUCAAUGUUGCCGCUUUCAUCAAACAUAUCAUAUUUUAUGAUUAAAACGCAUUCUGGGUGAGCCGUUAUGUGCUCGCUCGCAGUCUCGCAGGCUCAAUGUUUAGCAAUUUUGUAUUUACUUGUUUAUUUUAAUAUAAACAAAUAUCAUUAGCUAAGUGAUUGGUUUAAAUGUAUAUCCAUUUACAUUAUGCAUGUAUUGUGUUAUUUCCAGCCACACUUGAAGAUGAUCUAAAUAUAAGGAUAAGGUCGAAACGUCGGCAUUUUUUUUGUAAGAAAUUGGUUUCAUUUCCUUAUUGGGCAGUGGCGAAGCGUACGAGUAGACAAGGUAGACACUGUCUACCCAAAAUUAUCCAGUUAUUUGUCAUUAAUUUAUUUCGUUAUUAUUUCAUGUAAUUGUUGAAUUAGAAUUAAAAAGAAAUUAACACAAAACGUAGUCGCUCCUUUAUAUAGUAUCUAAACGGCUAUAAUAUCUAUCUAUCGAUAAUAUCUAAGGCGCGCCCCGCCUGACGCACCAAUUAAAAUAAAAAUGCAGGGCUGACACCCAAUUAUUGUAUACGUGCCCCAGAAAGACACAUUGAUAUUUAUCUUCCGAAAUUUAGAGCAAUUAAUCGAACCAUAUACGCAUCAAGCAGGUGGCAGAGGUCCGGCCGCAUCAGCAUUCAGCCUAUUACGUAUGCAAAAUUUACUCGCGGGAAAGACAUUCGAGCUUUUGUCUAUCGAAGUCGACCAGCUAUUUUAUUAUGCUGUUGAGGGUUAUUGUUUAUUAACACGCUUGAUCUGGUCAGCCGCAAUACAUCUUACAGGUUUUUUUAGUUCUUAUUUAUGAACGACUGUUCGAUAUUGGCAAUUGUAUUUUAGUUGUGUUUUUAUUUGUCUUUAAUUAAUUUUAAAAUAAUGGAUAUUAUGGAUUUAUAAGUUAUAGUCAUACCUAUGUUGUGUUUUUUUAAAAGUAGUAUUUAUUUUUAUUUAUCUAUCUUUUUAUGCUAGUAGUAAUUAUUUUUUUCUUUUUUAUAUCACUACAUAAUUUUUCUCUUUGAGUUAAUAUUUCAUGCGCUUUCAUUCUCUAUUUCAUUAAAAUGAAUAAUAUCGAAUACACAUUUUUUUCUAAUUAACGAUUUUUAUUAUUUGUUUACCCAAAAAAAAAGUUCACGCUUCGCCACUGUUAUUGGGUCCUACUUCUGGUAACCCUUCGCUACAUAAAUAAGUUUAUUUUUUUCUUUGUUUUUUAUUAAUAAAAUUUAGUUACCUA